CUCCUUUAAUUUUCAAAUGUGCCGCUGUGCGCGUCACCGUGGUGCGCCUCUCCGUGUUUCGAUGAAGCAGAGCGCACUUGUCUGUGUGUUUUGUGUUGACACUAGAGGGGUAUGCGGCGAUGAUCUUGCGUGUGAAAACGUCUGCAGCGGUCUCCGAGCAGCUACGGACACAUUUCGCGUCGGACGAGAGAUUAGCAAGAGGGGAAGGACGAUCGACCGGCAUCAGCAGGAGAAAAACAGCAUCUUAUAGUCCAUCGCGUCGCUGUAGCGACCGUAGCGGCCCGUCGAUUCUCAGAGGAAGCCAGGAGCUGGAUUUGACAUGUCGCAGGGAUGUGCUGAGAGCCUGAUGAUGACAGGAGGAGGAGAAGGAGAAAAGUGGAGCGAGGCUUUACUGGUCCCUGAUAGGUUUUAAUUAGACCCUUACAAAAACAGCUGACGUUUUGUGGUCAGAAGGUGAUGGCAGUGCUGACUGAGCUUCACCACUACUAUUACCCAUUCCUAAAAAUGGAAGCCCACCUCCAGUGCACCUGAGUCCACAUUUAGUGCUCCUUUCUUCCCCUCCCUCCCCUUCUGCCUUUCCUUGCUCAUUCUCCACCUCUUCCACCACCCCCAUCUCACUCAACUGCUAUACUUUCCCCUCAUCUCCUCCCAUCUCUCCACUCUGUUUCCCUAGAAUAAUGGCGUACUGUGGGCGCUCUCUGGACUCUCCAUGUACGUUAGCCUUGCUGAUAGGCUUCCAGUUUGCCUUUGUGCUCUAUUUCUCCCUUGGGGGCUUCAGAGGCCUGGUGUCUGUCCUGGUGCACACCACAGAGCCCGAGUUUGAUUACUCUCGACCACAUGAUGUAUACACCAACCUCAGUCAGCUGGGAGUACCGCCUCCCCCGCCUCGCAACUCUGGCACUGGACCCCCUGCCACCGGCCCACCACUAAGAGACUGCCAGAUCCCUUCUCCAUUGCUGGUUGGACCCGUGUCUGUCCAUCUUUCAUCUCCUCUGUCUCUGGAGGAGAUCAGACAAAGAAACCCAUUAGUGUUGCCAGGUGGACGCUACAGGCCUCCAGACUGCGAACCACGCCACCACACAGCAAUAGUGGUGCCGUACCGAAACCGCCAGAGCCACCUCCGUGCCCUCCUCUACCACCUCCACCCCUUCUUGCAGAGACAGCAGAUACACUACAGCAUCUACAUAGUACAGCAGUGGGGAAACAGCACUUUUAACCGAGCCAAGCUGUUAAACGUUGGGGUGCGGGAGGCACUCAGAGAUGAAGACUGGAGCUGCAUCUUCCUGCAUGAUGUUGACCUGCUGCCUGAAAACGACCACAACACCUACACCUGCCACAAACAGUUUCCCACACACCUGUCUGUGGCCAUGGAUAAGUUCCGAUACAGGUUGCCAUACUCACAGUAUUUUGGUGGGGUCUCUGCGGUGACCCCAGACCAGUACAUGAAGAUGAACGGCUUCCCCAACCAGUACUGGGGUUGGGGCGGGGAGGAUGAUGACAUUGCUGCCAGAGUGCGUCUGUCUGGCAUGAAGAUUGUGCGCCCUCCAGUGGCCAUUGGCCAUUACAAGAUGAUCAAGCAUAAAGGAGACAGAGGCAAUGAGCAAAAUCCACGCAGGUUUGACCUUUUGAAAAGGACCAGGCUCAAUUGGCGCUCUGACGGCCUUAACUCUUUGACCUAUGAGCUGCUUUCCAAAGAGCUUGAGCCACUCUACACCAACCUGACUGUCAACAUUGGAGAAGACCCCCAUCUGGCCCUGGGCAAGGUCCCCAUUCCUGUGAAAGCAACAACCCCUGCCCACCAACGUAGCACCAGCAAGACAGGAGACCCAUUCAAACAGGGAAAGAGGCAAGAAGUGCCAGCAAAUAUUACUGUGGCCAAGACAGAACCUGGUCAGUCAAAGACAGCAAAUCAAAUAACACAGCAGAAGACAGGGAAGAUGAAAUGAGACUAGGUGCAUAAUGAACCUGUAGCUUCCCUUUUCAGUUUGAUCUGAAAGACAAAAUGGAGAAAAGCAGCAUAGAUCUGUUCUGUCGUGGGACCUUUAAGUACAGCAGCUUUUUGUGCUCAGUGUAGGUUAGGAGUAAUUAGGGGUAAUUACGCAACGGAUCAAAUGAAGAAGCCAGUUUUGUCAACAGGGUGCAUUCAAGAACACUUCUGAGUCACCUCGUCUUGGCUCAUCAUCUGCUAAAUGUGAUGCUGGCUGUGGUGGCUGACACGAGUCGUCUGUGGCCGUGCUCGUGACAGAACCAGAAGAUGAACGAUGGGCGAUUCAGUCAUAUCCACGUAGAGGUUCAAAACAAACUCGGUGAAAAUGAGACAGCAUAUAUAAAAACCUCUGCACACAGACUCGUCUGUUGCAGACAGACCUAUGGCUUCAUCCAGUCUGCUCCCAAAAACAAAGGAAACUGCUGCUGUCUGUCUACGCCACUCUGCAGUGGGUUUGUGUUUCUGUGCCUUCUCUCUUUUAUGCGCAUUUUAUAGACUGGUAUAGCUGCUUUUAGAUGCCCACACAAGGUUAGUUCGACCUCUUCUGCCACACGGAAAGACUUAGAAGGCAGGGAUGACGAAGCUGACCCGGGAUUAGAGGAAAUUUGUUCAGAACUGCCAUUUUAUAUUUCUGUGCAUUGAUCAAACGCUGACCAACUCGAUAGAUAUGGGACAAUUCUAGAGUUUAUAUUUAUAUAGAGAGACUUCUUUAUUUGUUUACUGUUUUGUUUUACUUGUCCUACCUUACAGUCUGGUGCCUCUCUCUCUCUCUCUGACAUUUAGUUCAUAGACAAUCAAAUUACAUGGAAGAUAACUCUGUAUUCAACCACAUAACAAAAUGAGGAAGUAUUAUCAUGACCGUGUUUACGCCUGUCAGAUAAACAUAGACUUGUCAUGGUAUUCGUUGUCUAGUUUGACUAUACUCUCAAUACAUGGAUAGACCUGUGCUUCUGAUAUUAUCUGUGAUUGAUUCUUUUUCUUUUAGAUUAGUCAAGUAUGGUUAAAAAUAACAAAACAAACUCGCAGACGAUACUUAAAGCGUGUGACUUUCAGAUGGUGUUUUAAUAUCUAAAGUGGUCAUGGUUACACUGCAGCACUGUGGAUAGAUCUAGGUCAGCUUUUGAUUAGAAGGCCUGACGUAUUCGUAGGCAAUAUAAAUGGAUGUUUCUUCACUGUAUUGAUUCCCUAAAAUGAAGCUUCUGUGUCUUGAAGGGGAUGAGACAAGCCAGUAGGAAGAUGUGUUACAGUGAAAUGUUAUGCUUUAUAUAAACACGGUCUGAGGGCUGCCAAAUCAGGACACGCAUGUAGGUCAUUUUUUGUUGAUCAUGUAUAAUCUGAAAGCAUCAAGUAUUUUUUCUCUCCGUUAAUUUGGAAUGUAUUAUUUUCAGUGCUCAUCUCUGUUUACCUUAUGUGAGGGUAGAGUUCAUGAGGUGAGCAUAGCUUACUGAUGAGGGACUAGGAUCUGAUUCAUUCAUAGGCGACAGGAUUUCUUGCUGCUAAUUGACUAGGAAAACUGUACAAUUACAAAUAGCUUAAAAUGACAUACUGUAACACUAAGUUUGUGUUGUGACACAAACGGGUAAUGUAUCACUGAAGUGAAUUUGAAUGUAUUUAAUUUAUUGUGUAAGCACUGAGUCACUGAUAGAGCUAAAUGUGCAGACCUCUGAAGUGAUCUUGUGGUGCAGAUGUGUGAAACACUCUUCUCCAUUGUAGAUCGGAUUAUCAUUCCUUUACAUCACAUCUCCACAUUUCUCGCAUAUACAUUGUGCCUCGUGAAAUGAGCCCGUAUCACUGAACUAUUAAAGGUAUGCUGCUGGAUUUUAUGUGAGCACCCUCAAGUGGCAAAGUCGGGCAUAGCGCCAGCCAAGAGGGAACCAAGGACUGAAUGAAACUGCAGUGUUGUGACAUGAAUGUUAAUCAUUCGCGGUUGCCAUUCACAGUUUUAAACCAAUCAAAUCUUUGCAUUGCUCUGUAUGGACGGUUUCUCGGUUACGUAGUAUCACGUGACUGAUCCUGCUAGUAUCAAAGGGUAAAGUAACAAGACUGCUUUAUGGAUCAUAAUCAAAGAAUCUUUAUUUUGAAAUAAUGUUUUAAGCAAAGAAUGUUAUAUAAAGACCGCAUUGAGAGAGUACGUAGAAUAAAUAGGAUCUAAUUUCUUAGCUUUAUAAACAUGGUUAUAUAUUAUAAUAUUAUCCUCCAUAUAUCAUAUUAUCUGGGAGAAAAUCCUAUAUGACAUGUAACAGUGACACACUGGAAGCUUUUAAGGACAUUAUAUGGCAUAAUCUCAGCUGGAUUAAUCAGCAAACUAUGUGCUUACCUGGAGACUGUUCUAUAUUUAAUAAAUAGGCUAGUUUUUAUAAACGUUUUCGCAUACGUGUUGGAAAUAUAUAUUGUUGGAAAGCAAAGUCAGUAAACAGCAUUUAGAUUUCAUAGCAACUGUUUCUGUUUAUUUGUUAUUCAUGAGGUUGUUGAAGUUUAAAUGAUGAGAAUCACUUGGCUGGAGAGACGAGAUGUUUGCUCUCUCGUGAGAAACAACAUGCGGAUAGUACAGUGACGUCACCGAGAGGGAUGCUGAUGCCCGUCUGCAAUUUAGGUUGCCUUAUUUACCGAUGUUAUCUUGAAGACGAAAGUGUGUAUGUGUGUAUGUGUGCACGCUGUGUGUCAGUGUAGAACACAGUCAGCAAAAAAGACAACGCAAGCAUAUGAUGGACAGUGUUGUGAUAGCGAGCAAAUAUGUAUUCCAAUAAAAAACUCUGAUCAAAUAAUGCCUCA